AUGGACCUGGCUUAUGUCUGCGAGUGGGAGAAGUGGCCCAAGAGCACCCACUGUCCGUCAGUGCCCCUGGCCUGCGCCUGGUCCUGCCGCAACCUCAUCGCUUUCACCACGGACCUUCGGAAUGACGACCAGGACCUGACCCGCCUGAUCCACAUUCUGGACACGGAGCACCCCUGGGACGUGCACUCCGUCAGCUCCGAGCACAGCGAGGCCAUCACCUGCCUUGAGUGGGACCAGUCAGGCUCCCGGCUCCUGUCAGCUGAUGCCAAUGGACAAAUCAAGUGUUGGAGCAUGGCGGACCACCUGGCCAACAGCUGGGAGAGCUCUAUGGGAAGCCUGGUGGAGGGGGACCCCAUCGUGGCCCUGUCUUGGCUGCACAAUGGUGUGAAGCUGGCCCUGCACGUAGAAAAGUCAGGUGCCUCCAGCUUCGGGGAGAAGUUCUCCAGGGUCAAGUUCUCACCGUCGCUCACCCUGUUCGGGGGCAAGCCCAUGGAGGGCUGGAUCGCAGUGACAGUCAGCGGCCUGGUCACCGUGUCCCUGCUGAAGCCCAGCGGGCAGGUGCUGACGUCGACGGAGAGCCUGUGCCGGCUGCGUGGCCGAGUGGCCCUGGCCGACAUUGCCUUCACGGGCGGCGGCAACAUCGUGGUGGCCACGGCGGAUGGCAGCAGCGCCUCCCCCGUGCAGUUCUACAAGGUGUGCGUGAGUGUGGUGAGCGAGAAGUGUCGCAUCGACACCGAGAUCCUGCCCUCGCUCUUCAUGCGCUGCACCACCGACCUCAACCGCAAGGACAAGCUCCCCGCCAUCACCCACCUCAAGUUCCUGGCCCGAGACAUGUCUGAGCAGGUGCUCCUGUGCGCGUCCAGCCAGACCAGCAGCAUCGUGGAGUGCUGGUCCCUGCGGAAGGAGGGGCUCCCCGUGAACAACAUCUUCCAGCAGAUCUCUCCUGUGGUUGGCGACAAGCAGCCCAUGAUUCUCAAAUGGCGGAUCCUGUCAGCCACCAACGACUUGGAUCGCGUGUCUGCCGUGGCACUGCCCAAGCUGCCCAUCUCGCUCACCAACACUGACCUGAAGGUGGCCAGCGACACGCAGUUCUACCCUGGCCUUGGUCUGGCCCUGGCCUUCCAUGACGGUAGCGUCCACAUCGUGCACCGGCUGUCGCUGCAGACCAUGGCCAUCUUCUACAGCUCCACCGCCCCGCGCUCCAUGGAUGAGCCAGCUAUCAAGCGCCCGCGGACCACGGGCCCCACCGUCCACUUCAAGGCCAUGCAGCUGUCCUGGACCUCCCUGGCCCUCGUGGGCAUUGAUAACCACGGGAAGCUGAGCAUGCUGCGCAUCUCGCCCUCCAUGGGCCACACGCUGGACGUGAACCUGGCCCUGCGACACUUGCUUUUCCUGCUGGAGUACUGCAUGGUGACCGGCUACGACUGGUGGGACAUCCUGCUGCACGUGCAGCCCACCAUGGUGCAGAGCCUGGUGGAGCGGCUGCACGAGGAGUACACGCGCCAGAAAGCUGCCCUCCAGCAGGUCCUCUCCACCCGGAUUCUGGCCAUGAAGGCUUCGCUCUGCAAGCUCUCGCCCUGCACCGUGACCCUGGUGUGUGACUACCACGCCAAGCUCUUCCUCAUCGCCAUCAGCUCCACUCUCAAGUCCCUGCUGCGCCCACACAUCCUCAACACCCCCGACAAAAGCCCCGGCGACCGGCUGACGGAGAUCUGCACCAAGAUCACAGACGUCGAUAUCGACAAGGUCAUGAUCAACCUCAAAACAGAGGAGUUUGUCCUGGACAUGAACACGCUUCAGGCGCUGCAGCAGCUCCUGCAGUGGGUGGGCGACUUCGUGCUCUACCUGCUGGCCAGCCUGCCCAACCAGGGCGCCCCGCUGCGGCCGGGACACAGCUUCCUGCGGGACGGCACCUCGCUCGGCAUGCUGCGGGAGCUGAUGGUCGUCAUCCGCAUCUGGGGCCUGCUGAAGCCCAGCUGCCUGCCCGUGUACACCGCCACCUCCGACACGCAGGACAGCAUGUCCCUGCUCUUCCGCCUGCUCACCAAGCUCUGGAUUUGCUGCCGUGAUGAGGGCCCCACAAGUGAGCCAGACGAGACACUCGUUGAUGAGUGCUGCCUGCUGCCCAGCCAGCUGCUCAUUCCCAGCUUGGACUGGCUGCCCGUCAGUGACGGCCUGGUCAGCCGCCUGCAGCCCAAGCAGCCCCUGCGCCUGCACUUCGGCAAGGCCCCCGUUCUCCCCAGCAGCGCCACCACCUUGCAGCUGGACGGCCUCAUCAGGGCAUCGGGCCAGCCCAAGAUCGACCACCUGCGGAGGCUGCACCUGGGAGCCCACCCCACGGAGGAGUGCAAGGCCUGUACGAGGUGUGGCUGUGUCACCAUGCUCAAGUCGCCCAACAAGACAACAGCCGUCAAACAGUGGGAACAGCGCUGGAUCAAGAACUGCCUGUGUGGGGGGCUCUGGCGGCGGAUGCCCCUCAACUGCCCUUGA